GCCACAAAGGAUCUCAAUCAUUUCUUAAAUGGACUUGCACAUACCAUUUAGAAGACUGGAUGAAAAUCGAAAAGUUUCUGCUUUUUGGACUUUAUGAUAGAGUUUAGCAAAAUUAAUCAACUGUUUUGUUUAUGAAAAAAGAAAACUAUUCUUCGAGACAGAUUCUCUAAAUAUUUUUCAAAGAAGGAACGGAAUUAAAUUCUUGAAUCGAAAUGAAAAUUAAAAAUAAAAAUUGCCCUUUUUACUCGGAUGCCAUAUAUGCUCUCUUUAUUGAAGGGAUGGCAUUGCAUCUGAAUUUGUGAACUACGGUUAGUGACGACCUAAUCCCAGUUUUGGAGGUGAUUUCAACAUGAUGCUGUUCGUGGCGACCUCUAUUAUGGUCCUGUAUCACGUGGAGUGCUACAUGAAUUUGGCACCGAUAGAUUCAGCUAUAUACACACACCGAGACGGUUAGGCUGAUGGAGAAGUCCAAAGCCGGGAUGUUACAUGUAUCACAUCGACGAGCCACAACGAAUGACAUGGACUAUGAAAUGAACUUCAUAUAUGUAAAUGAGAGGUCCUUUUCCUAUAACCAGGCUAUCGACGUGUGUUCAAGUAUGAAUGCCAGCCUACUGACGAUGCGGUCCUGGUAUAAAUGGUUUACCAUACAACAGAUAUACAACUCAUCGGCGGGAUGGAAUGCCCUGCCGAAUCACGAGGCCUGGAUUGGACUGACCAACACAAUAUACGGCUUUUAUUGGAUAGACUGUGAACCACUGGACUUUUCUAGAUUUACAUUGUUUAAGGACGCAAACGAAGUGGGUUACAAAUCUAACGACCAGUGUUACACAACGAAGGAGCAUGACAACUUCAAGUGGAAACAGAAAAAAUGUAGUGAGGGGAACGGAGUUAUAUGUGAACAACGAAUAAUAGGAAGUUCCUGUUCAUUAAGCACAAUUUUAUCACUUGACUUCCACCAACAAAGUAUCGUUGGAGAAAGCGAUUGUCGAACUUCGUGCUCCAGCGAUGCCGACUGUUUUGCAGUGGUGGCGUACUUUAAUGGAACUAACGAUCAGUGUAUCCACAUGAAGAGGACCUCUACGGGGAACCAGGUCACUGCUGCUAUUAAACAAUGUGUACAAGGAGAGGUCAAAGUGGCAAACGAUGUUAGUAUUUCGACAGAGAAUAAAGACACCAUACCCCUAUCUUUCUGCUCGAACUCUCUGGCCAUACAUAUAUCUGCCUCUACCGCUGUCAGCAGCAUGAAUACCGCCACUCUGUCCGCUAGUCCAACCAUAAACCCCACAGCCUCGCUGUUCGUGGACCAGCCCACAAGUUGUUUUAACAUCACUGUAAUAGAAACAGAAACGGUGAUGAAUAACCUCACGACAUACAUUCCCGCCACGACUUUCUCCUACAUCCAUUCACUCUUAACAACCACGGUGACAACCAUUGCACCAACAACGGUCGUUAUGACUACGUAUCUAGCACCAUCUACCGUCACGGUGGAAAUGACAGCAUCCCUGGCCACGUGCCAGGACCAGACAACAUUCAUUAACAUUACUAACACAAAAUACAUCCAGGAGGCCGUGGAAAACAUUACCAAGGCAUUGUAUUUAGACAAGAAAACCACGAGUUCCUAUGUUCGUUCCAAGACUUGUGCCGAGGAUAAACGAACGUCAUCUGCCACCGUGGGAUACUUUGGGAUAAUUUUUAUUGUCGUGCCUUUCGGAAUUAUGUUUCUUGCAGACUUGUGUUCUAUUUAUAAACAUCUUAUGGAGACAGUCAGGCAUUGCUGUGUGUCUCCUGAUCGAAAAAUUUCCACAGAUAAUGGUCGACAAAACUGAGCUAUCGUCAUUAAAGUUUAAGACAUAAAAUACUUCCAGAAAUGUAAACUUCAGAUAUAUAGGGUUCACGGCAGGUGUGACCGGUCGACAGGGGAUGCUUACUCCACCUAGGCACCUGAUCCACCUCUGGUAUAUCCAGGGGUCCGUGUUUGCCCAACUAUGUAUUUUGUAUUGCUAAUGGGAUUUAUGAGAUUGAUCGCUGUUCAUUAUCUUCACCUUUCAUAUUGUGAUUUUAGAAUUACUAGAGAAUAUAAGACCUGACGUAUCCUUUGUAUCAUUGUUAAUUUCAAAAUUGGCGAAUUAGAUUAUGCAUUAAGGAUUCGGCGGCAUUUAAAGGAUGAAAUGAACUGAAACUGCACCAGAGAUGCAUCAAAGUACAAUAUAUUCAAUAUUUAAACAGGUUGUAAUGUAAUUUUAGCUUCAUGUCGAAAAUGUCUUUGGUGAUCAAAUCUUCCAAUAGUCUGUUGGAGUUCUAUUUGGGCACGAAUUGUGCUCCUUUAUCAGCUAACCGUUUUUAUAUUCUUAAGAAACAUAAUUUAUUCAAAAGCUUUUACAUGAGAAGAAACAAUCUCUUGCUGUAACCUUCAACUCGACAUUUAAAUAUAUACAAACGAUGUUUUGUCCAUUAACAAAACUAAUUUCCAUUCAUGUGUCGAUUCAAUAUAUCCUAGUGAACUCGAAAUAACAUAUGCCACAUUCUUCCAUAUAUGCAUCAUCAUAUUUGAAUAUUUCAUUGAAAAUAUGUCAGAUAGUAAAGAAGCACAAUUCAUUCCCAAGGGAAUUCCAACAGAUUGUUUGAAGAUUUGAUCACCAAAAUCUACGUUAAUAUUGUCGAUUAGGAACUCCAGCAUAUUUUUAAUGAAAGGUGACAAUAAGAAAUACCAAAUAGAGAGUUGGGCAAACACGGACCCCUGGAUAUACCAGCGGUAGGAUCAGGUGCCCUAGAGAAGUAGACACCUCCUGUCGAUCGGUUACACCCGCCAUGAACCCUAUAUCUUGAUUAGGUAAACGGAGUAAUCCGUAGUCAAAAUCAGUGUGCCGAGUACGGUAAAAAAAAGAAAGCACGAAACACGUCAGACAGCAUUUGGUCCAAAUGAUUGACUAUAUUGGCAAACUAGAUCAUUAUGACGACUGUAGAAUUUGUAAAAUGCUGAAUUUAAAACGAGACUGUUGAAACCCCUGUAACGUCAACUAGUUUGCCAAUAGUCUUCCUCGAUUAAAAAACUUAUCAUACACAGAACAAGCUGUUGUGUAUCGAAUCUAUUGAGAGAUAUAAACACCAAUUGCAGGUAAUUAUGGAAUAUUGCUAAUAUGUACAUGACGAUGAGAAGUUGACAAUGGAAAAGUUAAUAUUAUUCCGUUUUCAUAAAGUUGAGUUGUUAGUUUGCCGUUAUCAUUUAUUUUCAAUAAAAUAUCUAAGUACGAAACCGA